CUUCUUUCUACAUCGACGCGCACAUUCGCGCUCGAUACCUUUUCCUCGUCCCCCCGUCGCUCCCAUCGGCCAGGGCUUCCCCUCGAUGUCAAUGGAAGGCUUGCCUGUAUUCUCGACAGCUUCAGCCGUAUUCGUCGUGGAGAGAUAGGCAAAAAGGAAGGAAUGUUCUUUCAAGGAAGGGUCACCGAGAUACCCAGGCGUGGGGUCUUUAUCGCUGUCAAGACAAAGGUACUUUGGUUACCGCCUUCUUUCAAGCACCGUACAAAGGGACGCGACACUACCAAAGAAAGGGCGGCAUAAAGAGAUUAGAUGGGAGAAAGAACCAACGGUUCUCCAGGCAUUCCUAUCUCUGCAGGUCCUGUCACCCACAUUUACGGACUCAAAAUCAUCAUACCUAACUCAGGAAUCAUGGGACGAUUAACCUCGAAUCGUGAACGCAGGCGUUCAACAGCUACCAACUCUAGCCCAAGGCACAACACGACUAUCAUCACGAAUGGAAACCAAAACGGUAGCGGUAGUGGGACUGGUAUCGGAAGUUUUCAAGACACCCGCACGGUGACGGAGAAUAGCAAUGGCGUCGAUCUCAACACCCAAGGAGUCUUUCCACCUUCCGCACCUAGGUCUCAAACAAAAGCAGACUUCGAUGUGCCACUCUCCUUUCCGAGUAUCAGCGAUAAUGGUAGUAUUGUGGGACCUCAUCGCACACCAAAGGACAGGAGGAAGACACAAUCGUUGAACGAAGACCAACCUUAUUCUCAUUACCAUACACCAAGAUCGAAAAAUUUAUCUUCGUUGUCAGCCACCUCUGUGACGCCGUCAAGUGUGUCGCCACAUCGAAAACCACGAACACGAAGAACAUCAUGUCCCUAUCCGAAAUCUCGGGUGAAACCUCCAAAAAGACUGAAGCUAUCCGUGGAUGACGCGAUGGACCUUGACGAACUUGUGAGUUCCAGGGAUCUAGAUGUCCAGAUGAAAUCCGACUCAGAGCUUAGACCUUCCGGUGCACGAAAUUAUAUGCACAGAGCACCCGUUGGUUCAGCUUUGGAGGACGUUGACAUGGAAGAACUGACGGGGACGAGGCAUCAUCAUCACCAAGUCGCAGUACCCCGAGAUUCAGAACUCGAAAUGCUACUUCGAGGGGUACUUGAAGAAACCCAUUCUCUACAGUCGCAUGUCCAGGGUCUCUUAAGGUUUGUGCAAUUGAGGGGUUCGAGUACAACACACAUGUCACAGGCGAACCUGAAGGUUGGAGGUCUAGUGAAUCGCAAUGUAAACGUAUCUAGGAAUUAAAAAGAGGCAUUGCUGCUUGCGCC